CGAGGGCACCUACCAUGGCUUUCUUCAGUUCCACCAUUAAAACCUUCUUCAAUUAUAGAGCUUCUUGAUCCUCUGCUUCUUCACUUAGUGCAAUGAGAGCAUACAGUAUAGAUACCACUUACCUCAAAGGUUGUAGAUAUAUCUACGCCCUUCGUACUCGGAAACUUGGACUAUGAGAAGGCAAAGUGGGAGAGUUCCUUGAACUAAAAUGAACCUCCUCUCGUUUGCUUUCCGAGCUUAGAUUAAGGUGCAGCCUCUCUUGUUUGGACCUAAUCCUUCGCUUUAGAUCGGUUCAGUUCUGCUAAUUAGUAGCCUUUGCAUUAGCAGAAGCAACAGAGAAGUUUGAAGCCUAUUGCAGUUUAAGGAGACGACUAGGGAGAGUUGCACAAAGGGCGCUGCGGUGUUUUACAUUGAAGUGGCUAGAGAAAUGUGCAUUAUUUGCCCGGUGUCCUCGUGUUAAGAAUGGCACUGCAGGUUGAGGCAUAGAAGGUCCAUACAGCUCGUGCUCGUGGUGUAGAUCUUUGAGUAGAUUUCUUUUUACCUCCGUCUUCAAGGUCGAUACAGGGUCUAAGGUGGGAGGGUCCAAAGCUUCAGGAAAGAUGGACCCCGGAAAAUCCGUUGAAGAUCAGUUUGAGAAGCUGCAUCCAUGCUUGCCAUUGAACACAAGAAUUGGAAUUAUUGGAGGGGGGCCGAGUGGGCUAUCAGCUGCCUACGCACUAUCAAAGCUCGGAUACACUGAUGUUACCAUCUUAGAGAAGUACCAUUCCGUAGGAGGCAUGUGUGAAUCGGUUGAGAUUGAAGGAAAGAUAUACGACUUGGGCGGUCAAGUUCUUGCUGCUAAUAGUGCACCAGUGAUCUUUCAUUUGGCGAGGGAAUUUGGAGCUGAAUUAGAAGAAAUGGACUCCCACAAGCUCGCUCUUAUUGACAGCUUUACUGGGACCUAUCAGGAUAUCAAUGUUGCAGAUGAUUACAUUUCUCUGAUCUCGUUGACCUUAGAGCUCCAGGAAAAGGCAAAAGAUUCAAAUCGUAUUGGUGUCCAUGCUGUGAGUGACAUUGCUUCUGACCUGACCCCAGCAUAUCUCGGGGCCCAUGGGGUUGAAUCCUUCCCCAAAUCCGUGCAAUAUGGUUACACCGCAUCGGGGUAUGGAUUUGUUCAGGAUAUGCCUUAUGCUUAUAUUCACGAGUUCACUCGGACUUCCAUGGCUGGAAAGAUUCGACGCUUUAAAGGUGGAUACACGAGCCUCUGGGAGAAGAUCAGUGAUUCCCUUCCAAUAAAAGUUCUACACAACACUGAGGUAGUAUCAGUUAAGCGUACUGCUUCAGGUGUUUAUGUUGAUGCCGUUAGUAGCAGAGGAGAAGUAGAGCGAAUGGAAUUCGAUAAGAUGAUCAUCUCGGGUUCAUUUCCCUUCAAGAAUGUGAAAACUUACAGAUCUCCGGCAUUGACUUGUAGAGAACCUGGCAAAGAAGUAUUAGAUAUGGGCGACCUGGAAAAGGAGCUUUUCAGCAAAGUACGGACAAUCGAUUACUACACCACGGUCCUGAAGAUCAAGGGGUUCCAACACAUUCCAGUUGGGUUCUACUACUUUGGUGAAUACGUGGAUGACCCUUCGACGAUCGGGAAUCCUGUUGCGAUGCAGAGAUUCCAUGCAGACACCGACAUCUUCCUGUUCUGGUCUUACGGAAACUCGGAUGAUGUCGUAGGACUUGUCGUCGAGGAACUUGUGAUGAAAGCAGUCAAAUCCAUGAGAGGGGAAGUCGAGAGGGUAAUUCUGCAAAGGCAGUUCAAGUACUUUCCGCAUGUUGACUCUGAAGAUAUGAAGAACGGGUUUUAUGAGCGACUCGAAUCUGAACUUCAAGGCCUGAGAAACACGUAUUACGUAGGAGGGCUGAUGGCAUUUGAGCUUACUGAGAGAAAUUCAUCUUAUGCAAUGGCUUUGGUCUGUAAACACUUCGCUAGUAAUACUCCGUCACCUCCAUUUCCAUAUGUGAAGAAUUUGUUCCCCCUAAGACGGGACAUAGCUGACAGGCGUCCCAAAAUAUUGGGCGAAUUGCAGGAAGUGGAGUUCCCUAAUCUUUCUACUCUUGAUGGGUAUCUGAAACAUUGGGGUACUCAUGAAGUCACGCGGAGUAAGGUUCUCUACUCGUGGAUCGAUGAAGAAGGGGCAGUCAUAAGUCAGAGAACCUACGGGGAACUUGACGCAAGGGCUGCUUCAAUUGCUCAUAAGAUCCUGACAAGCCGAAAGCCUUUGGUCAAGGCCGGUGAUCGGGUCUUAUUGGUCCACCUCCCAGGUCUGGACUUUAUCGAUGCCUUCUUCGGGUGCUUAAGGGCAAGCGUUAUACCUGUCCCUGUUCUUCCCCCAGAUCCAUUCCAGAGAGGUGGACAGGCUCUCAUGAAGAUUGAGAACAUCGUCAAAGUGAGUAACACAGUCGCAAUUUUGUCGACCAGAGGAUAUCAUACAGCUGUUCGGGCAGCUUCACUGAAGAACUUGGUUUCUUUCACUCGGAAAAAUGCGAAAAGCACAACCUGCUGGCCUGAUCUUCCUUGGUUGCAUACAGAUACUUGGAUCAAACACUCCAAUGCCUUGCCUCCUCAAGAUAUCUCAGGUAUCCCGGAACCUCAGCCCAAUGAUGUAUGCUUCUUGCAGUUCACAUCGGGCUCAACUGGUGAUGCUAAAGGUGUUAUGAUAACGCAUGGUGGAGUCAUUCAUAACAUCAAAUUGAUGAAGAGGAGAUACCGGACAAGUUCCAAAACUAUGACUGUGAUUUGGCUUCCGCAGUACCAUGACAUGGGGCUGAUUGGAGGACUUUUCACGGCCAUGGUCAGCGGUGGUUCAGCAGUCCUUUUUUCACCGAUCACAUUCAUCAAGAACCCCCUUUUGUGGCUGCAGACUAUGAGCAAAUACAGAGCUACACACAGUGCCGGACCCAACUUCGCCUUCGAAAUAUUAAUCCGAAGGCUUGAGUCCACCAAGACAAAGUCCCACAAUUAUGAUCUUUCCUCUCUAACCUUCUUCAUGAUUGCUGCAGAACCAGUGCGGCAUAAAACUAUAAAGAGGUUUAUCGAGCUCACUCGGCCUUUCGGCCUUUCUCAGGAGGUGAUGGCUCCAGGUUAUGGCCUUGCCGAAAAUUGUGUCUUUGUAAGUUGUGCUUUUGGUGAAGGAAAGCCCAUCUCUGUAGAUUGGCAAGGGAGAGUUUGUUGUGGGUAUGUGGAUCAUAAUGAUGAGGAUGUUGAUAUCAGGAUAGUUGAUCCCGAGAGUGGCGUGGAGAUUGAAGAAGCUGGGGAGGAAGGAGAGAUUUGGAUUUCUAGUCCCAGCGCUGGAAUCGGGUAUUGGGGCAAGGAUGAGCUUAGCCAUGAAACCUUCAAGAAUGAGCUUCAGAAUCAUCCUUCCAAAAAGUACAUCCGCACCGGAGAUUUGGGUCGAACAAUUGACGGGAACUUGUUCAUCUCAGGAAGAAUUAAGGAUCUCAUCAUAGUGGCUGGAAGAAACAUAUACUCAGCUGAUGUAGAGCAGACAGUCGAGACGUCUUCGAAACACCUACGCCCGGGUUGCUGUGCUGUCAUUGGAGUUCCCGAGGAUGUCCUCUUGAUGAAAGGAAUUUCCAUUCCCGAUGCAUCAGACCAGGUUGGCUUGGUCGUUAUUGCAGAGGCCCGAGAUGAUAAUAAGGCUCUCAAGCAGUAUAUCAUUAGUCAAAUCGAAACCCGUGUUGCUGAAGAGCAUGGAGUCCAGGUUGCUUCUGUCCAGCUGAUUAGACCCAGAACAAUCAGUAAAACCACUUCAGGGAAGAUCAGGAGAUUCGAUUGCCUCAAACAGUUCAUUGAAGGUACUCUCGACCUUGUUUUGGAGCCAGUUCGAUCUUCCACUACAGCAACUUGUGGGAAGGAGAAGGCACCUACAUCUGAGCUGGCUAAAACACUAUCACCAUUGAGUCCCAAGCACAGCAAUAAAGAAAUUGUGGAGUUUCUUAAAGGGGUGGUGAGCGAUCAGACAGGAAUUCCCCUCAGAAGCGUUUGUGCAACAGAAAGCCUCAUAUCUUAUGGAAUUGAUUCAAUCGGAGUGGUAAGAGCUUCUCAAAAGAUUUCAAACUUCUUGGGAGUGCCUGUUGCACCAAUAGAUAUUUUCACUUCCACGUGCAUUGCUGACUUGGCAAACUUCUUGGAGAACCUUCUUGUGAAGUCUCAUCCCCCAACCAUGACAACCCCUUCUGAACUUCCCGAGCCUGAGAUUCUAUCCUCUGAGUUUUCCAUGGAAACUUCGAGAUUCCACCGACUGGGUAUAUGGUGCUUCCAACUCCUUGCUCUUCUUUAUAUUACUAUGGUCCUGGUCCUUCCAGCUUGCUUGUCUGUCUCACUUUUCACAAAUUUGGUGUCGACAAUCCCGGCAUUUUUACCCCAGUUUCCCUGGGUUCCUUGCAUAAUUUCCAUAUUAUUGGCCCCUUUGGCUUGGAUCACCUGCAUAAUCUUGACUAGCUUUUCCAUCGCCUACUUUGGGAAUUGUUUCCUUCAACCGAAUUAUGUUCUGAUUCCUGAAGUGCCAAUCUGGUCCAUCGAUUUUGUCAAGUGGUGGGCCCUCUACAAGGCCCAGGAGGUUGCUUCGAAGGUUCUUGCGGUGCACCUCAGAGGAACAGUGUUCCUCAACUACUGGUUCAAGAUGCUCGGGGCUAGGAUCGGGUCAUCUGUCUUGCUUGAUACAGUAGAUAUAACAGAUCCUGCGCUCAUCUCGAUCAAGGAAGGAGCUGUGAUCGCCGAGGGCGCCUUGCUUCAGGGUCACCAGGUUAGGAAUGGUGUCCUGAGCUUCCUCCCAAUUAGAAUCGGAAGGAAUUCUACAGUUGGCCCUUAUGCAGUCCUCCUGAAAGGAAGUAAUAUAGGGGAAGAAACUGAAGUACCAGCCCUGCAAAAAGUCGAAGGUGGGAAACCCGAGCUUCGAUGUACUAGAAAUAGUACUCGUCAAAAGGAUAGUACAUCACUAUAUCUUUCUGCUGAAACUCGAAGCGAGGCCAUUUAUCAUUUCAUAGGCAUCUAUGUGAUCGGGCUCCUCAGCUCCGUGUCUGCUGCUACCAUUUAUUUUCUCUACAUUUCGGUCUUUCAACAGCCACCUUCUCUUCAGCACUUGAUAUUCAUUUGCAUCUCGGGAGCAUUUCACUGGGUCCCUUACACCCUCAUCGCUUACACCAUCAUGUUUCUUAGGCCCCCUCCAGACCUAUUAUAUUUUGCCAUAUCCUUGUCCAUCAGUUACUUUGCUCACGGCUUGAUCCUCAGCCAAUUCACAUGCAUCUUGGCCCGUUUACUUGGACGUAAAGAAAAUCAAAGUCGGUCCCGUCUCAGACAGUGGCUUUCCCAUAGAAUCACCGUGGCCUGCCACCUCAGAUUUGCUAAACUCCUCUCUGGAACCGAAGCCUUCUGCGUCUACUUACGCCUAUUUGGUGCCAGAGUGGGCAAGCACUGUUCUAUCAGAGCCAUUAACGCUGUCGCGGAUCCUCAGGUUAUCUCUCUUGGUGCUGGGGUCCACCUGGGCGAUUUCAGCAAGUUGAUUCCAGGAUUCUAUUCCUCUGAUGGCCAAUACGUGCGGGACAAAAUUUCUGUGGAAGACAAUUCAAUGGUGGGAAGCCAGAGCCUGCUCCUUCCCGGUUCUGUGGUUGAAAAGGAUGUAAUUCUCGGUGCAUUGUCCGUGGCUCCUAUGGGUUCCACUCUCCAACAAGGCGGAGUCUAUAUCGGGUCCCAAAAUCCGAUCAUGAUCAAAAACACAAUGUACGCUUUGGACUUGAGGAUUGAAGAGAUGGACGCUAAGUAUAAGAAGAUAAUCGGGAAUUUGGCUGCAAGUCUUGCUUCCACAACUCUCAAGGUUAAAUCGAGGUACUUCCAUCGCAUUGGUGCUUGUGGGAAAGGAUACUUGAAGCUCUACGACAGCAUGGAAGGCUUGCCAGACCAUGCUAUCUUUAGCCCGAAAAAGAGGUACCCUGUGAUCAUUCGGCACAGCAAUUGCUUGAGUUCGGAUGAUGAUGCAAGGAUCGAUGCUCGGGGAGCCGCGGUCAGAAUUCUCUCAGAAGAUAGUGAUUCCCCGCUUCUCGACCUUACCUUAAAGACAGGCAAGGCCUUCCAUGCCCGCACCAUCUCAGAUUUUGCCACAUGGCUAGUUUGUUCGCGCACUGCCCGAGAAGAGUGGGUGAAUCAAGCCCCCCAUAUCGGUGAUGCAAAUUGGACCUCCCUUAGAAGGGCCGACUCAUACACUGAGCUACAUUAUUACUCGAAUCUUUGCAGACUCUUCCGAUUCAAAGAUGGAAAGGAAAUGUAUGUUAAGUACAAGCUUAGACCACACGAUGAGAAUAUAGGUGAAGAUUCAGGUAAAGUUGAGGCAUCUGCAAUUCUUCCGCCAGAAACAGGGUCAAUCCCAAGAGACGAGGAUGAUCCUCGUCCAUUGCUUUUCCUCGAUGAAGACUUUCAAAAACGUGUGAAGUCUCCUGCUGGCAUCCGCUACAUAUUUCAGCUUCAGGCCCGCCCGAUUCCAAAGGAAAAAGCAGCUCAAGAUAUUGCCCUCGACUGCACCAGACCGUGGGAUGAGGAGCAGUUUCCAUAUAUAAGCAUCGGGGAGAUUACCAUCGAUCAGAGUAUUGCCAAGGAAGAAUCAGAUAAGCUUGAAUUUAAUCCCUUUCUCCGGUGCAGCGAAGUAGAUGUGAUUCAGGCCACCUCAAGUUCCCAGAGCGCUUCUCUCGACCAUGGCCGUUCGUUAAUUUAUGAGAUUUGCCAGCAUCUUCGGAACAAGAAACCUCUUCCGGAGGCCUGGAGGGUGUUCCUAGAGCAAUCGGAUGUUAAAGUCGACCUCUCGGGCUGUCCUAUGGCAGCUUCAUUUGAGAGAAAGGAUGUCGCGAAGGUGACCCUGGCAAGGUCCUGGGCUCAAACAUCAUGGCUCCUAUUCGUCCAACCAAUGCUGCAGACAAUCUUGCCAUAUUUCCUCAUCGGGUUGAUAGUCUACGCUCCUCUGAGCUCAGUUUUGCACUACAAGAACAUGAGAAAAAUCGAUGUUUACUGGCUGUUCCCCUUCUUCUGGGUCUCCUCGGGGAUCCUAGCAGCACUAUCCUGCAUUGUGGCAAAAUGGGUCCUCGUUGGGAGGAAGAAGGAAGGCGAGAGUGCAUUCAUUUGGAGCGGGGGGAUCUUCAUGGACACGAUAUGGCAGGCUUUCCGGACCAUCAUCGGGGAAUACUUCAUGGACAUGACCUGUGGAUCCCACUGGUUCCUUCUGUUGAUGAAGCUCAUGGGAUCGCAUGUCGAGCUCAAGCGCGGGGCCUAUGCGGAUUCCAUGGGUGCCGUGCUUAACCCUGAGAUGGUUGAGAUCAGAGGAGGUACAUCCGUGGGAAGAGAAGCUUUACUGUUCGGGCACGUGUACGAUGGAGAAGGAGGGAUGGUGAAGUUUGGGAAGAUCGUGGUUGGAGAGGGUGGAUUUGUGGGGAGCCGAGCCAUGGCCAUGCCUGGCGUGACUGUUGAGAGUGGGGGAAGUCUCGGGGAUCUCUCGCUCGCAAUGAAAGGCGAGAUCGUGAGCUCAAGGUGAGUGGUACAGGUCCUUCCCACAGCUCCACACCGUGGUCAAGUGGCAUCGCUAAAAUGCCAUUAACAGCCCCGACUUAAUUUGAGCUGAUUCAAAGGAAAAAAUGUAUUAAGGACAGAUUGGCCCGAUUUAAAUGCGGGCUUUUGCUAUGGCAACUCAAUGAGUAGUAGGAGCAAAUUUAUUAGUCGUGCAAGAAAGUGAGGAUGCUUCGAGAGUCCGCACUUCCAUUGCGAUGUGCAUCCCUACGGAUUGUGUCCGAUACCGCACGGAAACAACAGACGUCAGUGUGCUGAAUUUCAAAAUCAAGGGUGGACUGUGUAGUCUGUGUUAUGCGCUUAAAUGUGAUGUGUAUUUUAAUUUUUU